CGAAGCCUGCCAUCGCGCUCUGUGGGUUCCUGCUGGCCCUGAGCCUGUGCCACGCCGCCAGCCCGGACGCGCACGAUGUCUCAGGGAUGCUGUCUGUCCCCUCCAUUCUGAGCAGCGUCGAGGAAGCCAGGCGGCUGGUGGACACAGCCUACAAGUACACCCGGGACCGUUUAAAGGAGAAGCUGAGGAACGGAGCAUUCAGCCCUGCGGAUAUCCUGGGAUACAUCAAGCAGCGCGACUACAUGGACACCACCCUGGCCGUGCUGAAGAAGAAGCUGCAGCAGACUGUGAAGGGGAAGUUUAAUGUCACAGAUGUGCUGAGCCUAGACCAGCUGGAGUUGAUUUCCAAGGCUACUGGCUGUGCCCAGCAAAAUAUGCAAAUUCCAUGUGACGACACAUACCCUUACCGAACCAUCACGGGCGAAUGCAACAACAGGAGAAACCCGUCCUUGGGGUCUGCGAACCGAGGCUACAGCCGUUCCCUCCCUCCCGGCUGGACCGACGGGCUCAAGCACUGCGGGUUUCCCUUCCCCUUGGUCCGAGCAGUGUCCAACCAGAUCAUUCGCUUCCCCACGGAGCAGCUCAUCACGGACCAGCAGCGGUCGCUCAUGUUCAUGCAGUGGGGCCAGUUCAUUGACCACGACAUGGACUUCGGGCCCGAGACUCCGGCCACAGUGACCUUCAGCGGCGCCGUGGACUGCGAGACCAGCUGUGCCAAAGAGCCCCCUCCUCUCUUGCUGCAGAUUCCCCCCAAUGAUCCCCGAAUAAAAAACCAAAGCGACUGCAUCCCAUUCACCCGCUCCGCCCCGGCGUGCACCCAAGGGAGAGCGAUUCGGAACCAGAUCAACGCGCUCACCGCCUUCCUGGACGGCAGCAUGGUGUACGGCAGCGAAGUACCCUUGGGGGGCUUGAUGGCGGUUAACGAGCAAUUCACCGAUGGCGGGUUGGCCUUGCUGCCCUUUGGGAACAUGGACAAAGACCCCUGCCUUCUCACCAACCCCAUGGCGCAAAUCCGAUGUUUCCUUGCGGGCGACUCGCGAGCCAACGAGAUGCCGGAGCUGACGUCGAUGCACACGCUCUUUGUGCGGGAGCACAACCGCCUGGCCACCGAGCUGAGGAGACUGAAUCCGCGGUGGGAUGGGGAGACGCUCUACCAGGAGGCCCGGAAGAUCAUAGGUGCCAUGAUUCAGGUAAUAACCUUCCGAGACUAUUUGCCCAGCCUGCUUGGAAAUCGAGUCUGGUCAGCGAUUCCUCCCUACCGCGCCUACAACGACUCGGUGGACCCCCGAAUAUCCAGCAUCUUCACCAUCGCGUUCCGCUUCGCUCACGCCUCGAUCCAGCCCUUCGUAUUCCGCCUGGACCAGCGCUAUCAGCCUACCGGCCCCCCCAGCCUGCUCAGCAAAGAAUUCUUUGCUAUGUGGAAAAUUGUGAGACAAGGUGGCAUCGACCCUGUUCUCCGUGGCUUGCUGGCUAGGCCGGCCAAACUGAUGACCCAGAAGCAAAUGGUGGUGGAUGAACUCCGGGAGCAUCUGUUUGAGCAGGUCAGGCGGAUCGGACUGGAUUUACCGGCACUGAACAUGCAGCGCGGCAGGGAUAAAGGUCUCCCAGGGUACAACGCCUGGAGACAGUUCUGUGGGCUCUCGAAGCCGCGCAACGUCGUUGAACUUUCUGCGGUGCUGAGUAAUUCCGAGCUGGCCAGAAAGUUCACAGACCUGUACGGGACGCCGGAAAAUAUCGACAUCUGGAUCGGGGCGCUGGCGGAGCCGUUCGUGCCCAAUGGCAGAGUGGGGCCCACCAUGGCUUGUAUCAUUGGAUCUCAGUUCCGGAAAUUACGAGAUGGGGACAGAUUCUGGUGGGAGAACCCCGGGAUUUUCACUGCCCAACAGCGAAGGGCCCUGAGAAGGAUCAACUUGCCACGGAUAAUCUGUGAAAACACCCACAUUACUCAGGUUCCUAGGAACCCCUUCCAGGCCAACAAAUACCCCGGAGACUUUGUGAACUGCAACCAGGUGCAGAAGCUGGACCUCUCGGCGUGGAGAGCAAUGGUGGAGGAGCAAGAAGAAGCAUCCGGUGACGCUUCGUGAUGGCCGCUGAAGUUUCCCGCAGGGCUGGAUUCAGGGGAUUAAGGCUCUUCACCCCGUUCACCCCAAAGCUUUGCUGCCAGGAGCAUGCAGCCUCGCCGCUAGUGUUCCGCUUGGCCGUGCUUUGCACCAGGCUUUUCAGCGAGAUGCAGCCAUAUGGAAGUGAGUGUCCAGCACCCUCCCAGCACGAUGCUGCAAUAGGUGCUAACCGGGAUGGCACAGACAGAGCGGCGUGGAAAGGAGGCUUCGAAGUGACCCCUGAGUCAUUGACAAGGAGCUAGAAGCUGCCUUCCGAUGAAAUUCACACAAAAUCAGCUGUAGUGCCCAGCCGUUUCUGUGCCUGAUUUCCCAGAAUUCGGUGGCGGUGGCAUUCUGGGCCACGCUGUCUGCACAAGAAUCUCACUGCGGUGAACUUGGACCAUCUCUCGUUUGCUGAGACUCUGCUUGGCUUGUUUGCUAAUUUUCCACUGGGCUUUGAACGACUGAGGAUUGUCAGCGAUACGAUGCCGCUUAGCUAGCAUUCUUUGAUUUCUUUAUAAUAAAAAUGCUUUUCUUUCUGG